UAGAAUUUUAUACAAUAUCCAAUCAAAGAAAUCGACUCCCAGAUGAACUCACCACAAUUUUAGGACAAUCCAAAGCAAAACCAAUCCACAAGUAAAAAAACCCACACACGCACUCAUCUCUCUCUGACAAUGACUCGGCUAUGGUCAUUUUUAGUUCCUACACUCUUGCUCUGUAUACCCUGUAUCUAUUCAUCUCCCACUUCUGAUCUCUUUGAAGCCUGGUGUAUCUCCCAUGGCAAAACAUACUCCUCACAACAAGAAAAGCUUCAUAGACUCAAGAUUUUUGAAGAAAACUAUUUCUAUAUUACCCAACACAACAAUAACCAUAUUAUGGCAGCUAAUUCAUCAUUCUUAUACACUCUGUCAGUGGAUAAUGCCUUUGCUGAUCUGACCCACCAAGAGUUUAAGGCUUCUAGGCUGGGCCUGUCAGCUAAUGGGCUCAUUAGAAUGAAUCUUGGUGGAUCAUCUAAAGGUUCUGACGGUGUGGCCAAUGUUCCUACUUCACUGGAUUGGAGGGAUAAGGGGGCAGUUACUAAUGUUAAAGAUCAGGGCAGUUGUGGUGCAUGCUGGUCAUUCUCAGCAACUGGAGCAAUUGAAGGAAUCAAUCAAAUUGUUACUGGAUCUCUUACUAGCUUGUCUGAGCAGGAGUUGGUUGACUGUGAUAGAUCAUAUAAUAACGGUUGUGAGGGUGGACUUAUGGACUAUGCAUAUCAGUUUGUUAUAAAAAAUAAAGGAAUUGAUACUGAGGAUGACUACCCUUACCAAAGUAGGGACACAACUUGCAACAAAAACAAGUUAAAAAAACAUGUGGUGACCAUCGACGGUUAUAUUGAUGUACGGGAAAAUGAUGAGAAAGAACUAUUGGCAGCCGUGGCAGCUCAGCCUGUUAGUGUAGGUAUAUGUGGCAGUGAAAGAAAUUUUCAGCUUUACUCAAAGGGUAUAUUCAACGGACCAUGCUCGACUUCUUUGGAUCAUGCUGUAUUAAUUGUGGGCUAUGGUUCAGAAAAUGGAGUUGAUUAUUGGAUUGUGAAGAAUUCAUGGGGAAAGCAGUGGGGAAUGAAUGGCUAUAUGCACAUGCAACGCAACAGUGGCAAUUCUCAAGGUAUUUGUGGGAUAAAUAUGAUGGCAUCAUAUCCAACCAAGACAAGCCCGAAUCCACCACCUUCUCCAUCCCCAGGUCCUGCAAAAUGUAGUCUAUUAACUUCUUGCUCAGAAGGUGAAACCUGCUGCUGUGCACGGACCCUUUUUGGGAUAUGCUUGUCAUGGAAAUGUUGCGAGUUAAAUGCUGCAGUAUGCUGUGAUGAUCAUCGUCACUGCUGCCCUCAAGAUUAUCCAAUCUGUGACACAAAAAGAAACAUGUGUCUCAAGCAAACAGGCAAUUACACACUGGUGAAGGAGUUUAAGAAUAAAAAAUCUUCAGGAAAGUUAAGUGGCUGGAUACCUCUCCUGGGAGACUGGGACCUGUAGAGAUGCUUCCAAUAGAAUAUUAAUAGUAUAAAUAGAUAAGUGACUGUACUAUUUAUAUAUUCAAUAUGAACAGUUAUAAACAUUUGGUCCUAGCAGAACUUGUUGUGCACAUUCACUUCUGAUUAUUAACAGUAUAUGGAAGAAAGCUUCACUUCUGUUGGAUUUA